GUGUGAGCUUCAACAUGGUCGCCGCCCAGUCGACGGACAUGACGACAGAUACGGCGACAGUUGUGACGGACACGGCGACAACUGGGACAGAUACGGAAACAGUUGUGACGGACACGGCGACAACUGGGACAGAUACGGCGACAGUUGUGACGGACACGGCGACAACUGGGGCAGAUACGGCAACAGUUGUGACGGACACGGCGACAACUGGGACAGAUACGGCGACAGUUGUGACGGACACGGCGACAACUGGGACAGAUACGGCGACAGCUGCGACAGACGCGACGACAGGUGUCACAGACACGGCGACAGAUGUGACCGCAGGGACAGAGGAGGCGACCACGACUACUGCGACAACCG